AUGACUAUCUUGAUAGUAAAUCCGGGAACGAUAUCAUGGAAGCUGUUUCAGGCGAUGAUCAAGAUCCCAGUCAACAUGCCAAUAAAAAGAAACGCUACCAUCGCCAUACUCAGCUUCAAAUCCAGGAAAUGGAAGCGUGAGUUAUUCUUUUACCCUAAUCUUGAAUAUCUCAUUUUUGUUGGUUUCACUCUAAUGGGUGUGGUUCGAACCCAGCUCAGGUUUUUCAAAGAGUACCCCCAUCUCGAUGAUAAGCAAAGAAAGGAACUUGGAAGAAGACUAUCCUUGGAGCCUUUGCAGGCUCAACAUGAACGCUUUGAUAACUCUAAGCUAAGGAAUGAAAAUGAAAAGCUCCAGGCAGAGAACGUACGGUACAAGGAAGCCCUUGCAAACGCCAUGUGUCCUAACUGUGGAGGCCCAACUGCUAAUGGUGAGAUGUAUUUUGAUGAACAACAGUUGAAGAUUGAAAAUGCUCGUCUACGAGAAGAGAUUGAUAGGAUAUCAGGAAUUGCUGCCAAGUAUAUUGGCAAGCCAAUGCUCUCUAACCCUGAUGCAUCGUCUCAAGGACCCCUUCGCUCACUUGAAUUACCUGUGGCUAGUUUUAGUCCACAACAAGGGAUAGUAGGCGAGAUGUUUGGUGAAAACGACCUUCUUCAGUCCUUAGCUGGCCCUACUGAGACUGAGAAACCUAUUAUCAUUGAUCUAGCUGUUACAGCCAUGGAGGAACUAGUUAGAAAGGCUCAGGUUUGCGAGCCCUUGUGGGUUCCAACAUCAAAUAACUCUCAUGAGAUUUUAAGCGAAGAUGAGUAUGUGCGGUCAUUUCCUAGAGGCAUUGGACCGAAACUAAUGGGAUUCAAAUCUGAAGCUUCAAGAGAAUCGAUGGUCGUCAGCAUGAAUCAUAUGACUGUUGUGGAAAUUCUAAUGGAUGUGCAUCAAUGGUCAAAUGUGUUUUCUGGCAUUGUUUCAAGAGCAAUGACUUUAGAAGUGCUUUCAACCGGAGUGGCUGGUAAUUAUAAUGGAGCUCUUCAAGUGGUAAGAAAUAAGUCAUCAAAUGUCUUGUGGAUCUACUGCAAUAAUUCAAUUGAUUCUAGAUAUUUUUAG